GGGUCGUUUCCAAAUUCCUGAAGGUUGUCCUGUAAUUCGUCCAUUCAAUUCUUGGACGAUUUCGAGAACUAGAUCUGGGCCGUAGAAAAUAACAAUUAAGUCAGAAUUUGUCAAUAUUUCAAUUAAAAAAAAUGAGAAUAGCUUUCAAUUCUUGCAUCCAUCCCAAGCUGUGUGAGACCAAAAACAGUUCCACCACAUCUGAAAGUAUGAGAAUACCUACAUUAUUACGCUACUGAAGAUCUUACUUAAUCUUCACCAACCAUCUCCCACAUAUAAAACAGAGCCGGCAAUUAACAGAAUCAUUGCUUCUCCACCCACCGAACUUUGCCAAUACCUCAGGGUUGAAGUGUUACUCUUUGUUAGUGAUACGUGAUAAAAAAAUUCAACAAAAAUGUCAAUUUUACCUCAUGUGGUCGCCGCAUUUAUUUGUGGAUUUACAGUGCAUCUGGUGUUUUGUCAAUUGGAUGGCUAUAUACCGGGACAGGACUACCCCAUCUACAGCCAAGUUCCCCAGGGAUUAUCCUUCAGGUGCGACCAACGACUGCCUGGAUAUUACAGCGACCCAGAAGCCCAAUGUCAGGUAUGGCACUGGUGUCUUCCCAACGGACAACAGUACAGCUUCCUUUGUCCCAAUGGUACAAUUUUUAAUCAAUUUGCGCGAGUAUGCGACUGGUGGUUCAACGUGGAUUGCGCUGGUACUCCCAGCCUUUACGGAAUUAACGAAGAUUUGUACAGAAUCCCACAGUACAACCAACAUCCACAAUAAAACCUCAACGAAAACAAUAACUUAUUGUAUAGUCAAUAAAUUAUCUCCUCGUCAUUGUUCUCAGUCAUUAUUAUCAUCAUCAUAUUUUUCGCAUUGAAUAGCUGUGUCAAGCAUCUUUUCAUUUAGUUGUAAAUAAGAUAAAAUUUUGUAUUUUUGUAACACAAUUUAAAUAAAACAAAUGGUUUUAAGCGAU